AUGGUCGAUGCGACGCACCUGCUGCAAACCAGCGUGUUCAACACGAUGCCCGAUCCCGCUGAUCCUGCUGCGCCGUCUCAAUGUAUGCCUUCACUUCAGGACCCUGCCACACUGAACGAUGGGUCCGGACGAGUCUGCAAAGAUCCUCCAAUUUGGAUUUUUGAUGGAUUGCUCUCAGAGAAGUUGCUGCAGCAGGUGGAUGCAGAGCUUGAUGUCUUGCCCUGGCACUCCAUGAACGGAAGAUGCGUGCGCAUGGCGGAAUUGGCCGUCGAUGGUGCGCUUGAAGAGCUGCCACAAAAGCUGCGUUCCGUUUGCCACAUUCAAGAUGUGGCAGAGUAUGGGCGAAUUUGGGUGAUGGAUGUGAUCGGACGUGACCAGGGGCCCCACAUCGAUGGCUGGGAACUAGCGCAGGCGAAGCAGCAAAUGCAUGGUGUGGACCUCUCCCGGUGCAGCGUGCAGAAGCACAAAGGCUUCAGUACAGUCAUCCCAACGUUGUCCUUCGUGGUCUACUUCAACGAUGUUGGUGGCAUUGCCUUUCCUGAGGCGGAGCUCUCGACGCCCGUCAUACAGGCCAAGCGUGGCCGGAUCGUGAUGUUCCAGAAUUAUGAUGACAGCAAGCGGCCUGCCCACAACCCCAAAGCAGUCCAUUAUGGCGUCUAUGCAGGCUCAGGGGACGACGUGCCCUUCAAGCGUGUGCUCACAGCCGGGGUCAUGGCGAGCGAGACGCCGCCACAGCUCCUGGGCAAUCAGAAGGAUGCUCCCGCCAUCCCUGGCUUCCUCUAUGCCCCCAUCAUGCACAGGACCAACACAUCUUGCGCCAGCGUCGAUAGCGACCCCCCACCAGCCCCCCCCUCCGAAGGAGACUUCGUUGGCCAAACAGUUGAACUUUACACUUUUUAA